AUGGGUUGCGAGAUUGUUAUUGCUACUCCGGGUCGUCUGAUUGACGUUCUUGAGAACCGAUACUUGGUUCUAUCGCGGUGCACAUAUAUUGUUCUUGACGAAGCCGAUCGCAUGAUUGAUAUGGGGUUUGAACCAGACGUCCAAAAGGUUCUUGAUCACAUGCCUGUAACAAAUCAAAAGCCAGAUACUGACGAUGCCGAAAACGAAGCCUUUCUGCUGGCCAAUUUUAACACAUCGCAAAAGUACAGGCAAACGGUGAUGUUCACAGCCACUAUGCCACCCGCUGUCGAGCGUUUAGCCAGAACAUAUCUCCGUCGCCCAGCUGUAGUCUACAUCGGCUCGGUAGGCAAACCAACCGAGCGCGUUGAACAGAUUGUACACAUUAUGAAUGAACCGGAUAAACGUAGGAAACUCGUUGAAAUUCUCCAGGCCGGAGUUCAACCUCCCGUCAUCAUUUUUGUCAACCAGAAAAAGGGUGUCGAUGUCCUUGCGAAGGGUCUGGAGAAGCUUGGCUACAAUACCUGUACACUUCAUGGCGGUAAAGGCCAAGAACAGAGAGAAUAUGCCCUUGCAUCGCUCAAAAACGGAACAAAAGAUAUUCUAGUGGCUACCGAUGUCGCUGGAAGAGGAAUUGAUAUUCAGAAAGUGUCGCUCGUCAUUAACUAUGACAUGGCAAAGUCCAUUGAAGAUUAUACUCAUCGUAUUGGUCGAACGGGUCGUGCAGGUCACCACGGUAAGGCCAUCUCGUUUUGUACCAAAGACGAUUCGGCACUCUUCUAUGACCUUAAGCAGAUGUUGCUGGCAAGUCCUGUAUCCAACUGCCCCACGGAACUAGCAAACCAUCCCGAUGCCCAGCACAAACCAGGCACCGUUGUCACGAAAAAACGGAAGGAAGAAAAAAUCCUUGUGUAG